AUGGCUUUUUCUCAAGCUUUUUACAACCAAAAUUCUAUCUUGAGAAUCAAUGUUAUGGUUGUGGAUGAUGAUCCUGUUUUCCUUCGAAUCAUGUCACAAAGGCUCGAAAAUUUUAAACACAGAGAUUCAUCGACUAUGGAGAUCACGGUUAUAGCUGUAAAAGAUUCGAGAGAAGCAUUGUCUACUCUUAAAAUCGAAAGAAACAAUAUCGAUCUCAUAGUCACUGAUUAUUACAUGCCUGACAUGAACGGUCUACAACUCAAGAACCAGAUCACUCGAGAAUUUGGCAAUUUACCGGUCAUAGUUAUGUCAUCGGACACCGGUAAAGAACAUGAGAGUUUAACGUGUGGAGCGAUGGGUUUCAUUCAAAAACCCAUAAAAGCAACUGAAUUAGCCAAGAUUUACCAACUUGCUGUAACUUGUAAGAGGAAUGGUAAGUCCACCUUAUGGACCGAGAACAACCACAAUGACACAUAUGUUAGCAUCCCUCAGCGAAUCCAGUUGGUUCCUGAGCAAGACAAUCUCGUGAUGACCACGAAGAAGAAGUUACCUAGAUCGGAUUCAAGAUCCAUGAACAGUACAAAUGGAAGUUGUGUUAGUACUAAUGCUUCACGGAAAAAUAAAAAAAUAAAAGCAAACGUUGGUUCUGGUGAUGAUGUUGAGGCUUUGUCGCAGCCCUCCAAGAAGAGUAAGAUUACAUGGACGGAUGAUCUUCAUGAUCUUUUCUUACAAGCUAUCCGACACAUCGGUCUUGACAAGGCUGUGCCAAAAAAAAUCUUAGAGUUCAUGAACAUAUCAUACUUGACAAGAGAGAACGUAGCCAGUCAUUUACAGAAAUAUCGACAAUUCUUGAGGAAAGUCGCGGAAAGAGGUUCUUUGUGUUCAAACAUGUUGCCGAGUAAUGGCAUAGACUCGACAUAUCCAUAUCCUCGCAUCACAGAGCCAUGCUACAACAACUACACUUCUUCUUCUUGGUACGGCACAAGUCUCAACAAUAGAUCAUGCUAUUCCGAACCCGGACACGGUAUUGGACAGUCUAGACUCCUAUCCAACACAUCUGAUCCCGUCCGCUUCAAUCAGAUGCCUCACAACUACAUGAACCGGUCGUCCACCUAUGAGCCGCACCGUCUUGGAUCAAACUUGAACCAGCCCAUCGAGAGCAACCUCAAUUACUCAUCCCAAAAUGAAGGAAGAAGAAGCUUUCUUGAACCAACGGCGAACAAAACUAGCCAAACAUCUCAAGUGCUCGGGUUUGAACAAAAUGGAUUAUCAGCUAUUAAUGGUAGUGGUUUCAACAAUAACAUGUUGAUCAGCUGUGGAAGUUUAGCUCCUAAUCAACCAGGAACUAACAGCUAUAAAUGUUCAAUUUCUACUCAACAAGGAAUAUUGAGCGCCUAUGGAAGUUCAACUUCUACUCAACCAGGCAUAAGAAGCCAUAUAAGCUUGACUCCUAAUCAACCAGGAAGGAGCAGCUAUGGAAGUUUAACUGCUGCUAAACCAGGAAUGAGUAGUCAUGAAAGCUUAUCUCCUAAUCAACAAGGAAUGAGCAGUUAUGAAAAUUUAACUUUGAAUCAACCGGAAAUGAACAACCGUGGAAGCUUACCCCCUGAUCAACCACAAAUGAGCAGCUAUGGAAAUUUAAGUUCUAAUCAACUAGGAUUGAGCAGCCAUGGAAUUUUAACUCCUAAUCAACCAGGACUUAAAAUUUAUGGAACUGAAACUCAUAAUGCAGGACUAAACAACUUUGGAAGUUUAACUACUCAUCAACCAGGAUCUAGCAACUUCUCGUAUGGGUUGCAAUCAUUCGUAGAUAAUGAGAACAUUGCAUAUAAACCUCAGCCUCAUCCACGUUCCAAUGCAACUGCACAGCCAAAUAUUGAAAUUCCUCAACAGGAGAAUCUCAGCUUGUAUGAUGAGUUUGGCAACAUUAAUGAGCUUCUUUGCGACAUAAGUAACUUUCAACUGGAUCACAACAAGCAACAAGAAGCGGUUUCUACCACCCAAUUUGAGCUUCCUUCAAACUUUUCGACCGAAAUGAAUCAGCUUUUCUCUCUUGAAAAAGAUGAUGACUGGACCUUUGUGAACACAAACCAGGGACACUCUAUUGGAGAAACAUCAAACAAUGUUGCUCCAGAGGCGAAUUCUCAAACUUUCAACAUGAGCACAAAUCAUGAUCAGGAACAGGAUGCUCAAGAUUUUGUCGACUGGUCGUUCUUGAAUCCGGCGGACUUGGCAAAUGAGUACGACUUCAUGGACUCAUUGUUCAAUGGGAUGAACGGAAAAGGGUUCGAUGAUCCAAGAUGUUAG